AUGUUCUGGCGCUUUGGCGGUUACGCCAAUAUCUCCACCCUCGACUCCAUCUUGGAUAAGCCCGAUGUCACCAUCGAAGAGCUGCUCGACGAAUCCGACUUGAUCCAAGAGCUCAAGCAACAAAACUCAAAGUUGAUACAAUAUCUGAGGGAUGAUAAGAUCUUGGAGCGCCUGCUGCAGUUCGUCAUUGCUCCCUCCUCUCCGGCCCCGCAGCAAUCACCUGGAACCGACAAUGCCGCCGAGGGAGAAGGCGACGAGAAGGGCGGAGCGGAGAUUGGCAGUUUCUUCAAGAGAAGAUCGCGGUCAAUAUCGAUCAAGUCCGAUUCGGGCGAGAACGAAGAAGGAAAAGAGGAGAAGCAGCGCAUGAAGUACGCAUACGUCGCCUGCGAAAUCCUGUCUUCCGAAGUCUGGUCCAUCUCCGAGGCUCUACUGGAGAACCAGGCUGCACUGCGCAAGUUCUGGGACUAUCUCAAGCAGCCUGCACCGCUAGACCCCGUGCAAGCCGGCUACUUCACAAAGGUCAACGAGUCCCUGCUGGACCGCAAGACCGAGGAGAUGCUUGAAUUUUUCAAGUCCAUUGAUGGCAUCGUGUCCGACAUGCUCCAGCACGUUGACUGCCCCAUGGUUAUGGAUCUGUUACUGAAGAUCAUAAGCCUGGAGAAGGCUGAAGGAGGCCAGGGCAUAGUCGACUGGCUUCAGCAGCACAAUUUGAUCCCCACCCUCCUGUCGUUCCUGUCUCCAGACUACAAUGCAUCAGCCCAAACAUCCGCAGGCGAUUUCUUAAAGGCCAUCAUCACCAUCUCUGCCAACGCUACCACCCAGGACCAGACUGUCAUUGGCCCCAACGAAUUGACGAGACAGCUGGUUUCUGAGCCCUGCAUCAAGAGUCUUAUCACCGAGAUGCUCCGAGGUGGCAAUCCUCUCACUGUUGGUGUGGGCAUUGUCAUCGAGGUCAUCCGGAAAAACAACUCUGAUUACGACAUGGAAAAUCAGACCGGCCCGGUACCACGAAGCUCCGACCCCAUUUAUUUGGGCACCCUCCUGCGCCAAUUCGCCACCCACGUCCCUGAUUUCAUGGCUUUGGUUCACAAUGCCACCGAAAAGGUCGUCAAUGAAGAUGGGACCACGACUACGAAGCAACGUGAACUGAAGGCUGCAUUUGGUGGCAAGAUUGAGCCCCUUGGUUUCGACCGGUUCAAGACCUGCGAGCUGAUGGCAGAGCUCUUGCAUUGUAGCAACAUGGCCCUUUUGAACGAACGCGGAAGCGAGGCUGCUGUAAAGGCCAGAGAUGCCGAGAGAGAGCGCUUAAAAGCGGCCGGCAAACUCACCUCCGCCAAAGAGAGCGAAGAGCAUUCGAUCCUUGACAAUGAAUUCGGCACCAGUGUCGACAGCCAUGGUUUCCACCACGCACGCGCUCCGUCAAGCGAGUCUCCCGAGGAGGUCAAGAAGCUCGAGGUCCAGAACAACGUCAAGGAUGAGGACUUUGAGGAAGUUGCCGCCUGUGAAGCCGAGCCUGAGGAGGCUAAGGACGGUGAAAAGGCCGAAAUUGGCGAGCCUCUGGAGAGAUCGCCCAAGCUUCCUCCCCGCACUGUGGAGACCGAAAAAGAGCCGGAACUCGUUGAUGAGCCGUUGUCCGAUAAGCCGGCGAAUGAAAAGGCAGACUCUCCAACAGCUGCUGGUCUGACGGAUAAGGUUGGCGACCUUGAUUUGGAGAAACAAGACGCCACCAUGACGGAUUCUUCAUCUACCGAAAAGGCAGAUGGAGAAGCAGACGCCACCAAGCCAACCGUGUCUCUCUUGACCCAACAGCUCAACCAAACUUCCGACGCAGAUGAGGCUGCUGAAGACAUUUCGCCUCGUCCUGAGGACAAGCCCGCUCCUCUCUUCUCCAAGAAGCCUGAGAACGGCGACGCAACCAAGAAUGCCGAGGAAAACAGGAGCACCACUCCCGCCGACGAUGAAUUGCUCUCAGAACAGCAAGUCGAUUUCUCGACUUCCCAACGCGCGCAAUAUGAAGUUGACAUCGAUGGAAACCCUGUCGUCGGCGAUCUGCUCAAGAUCAUGUUUGUUGAGCACCGGGUUGUUCCAACAAUCCUGGACUUCUUCUUCCGCUUCCCGUGGAAUAACUUCUUGCACAACGUCGUGUACGAUGUUGUUCAGCAGGUUUUCAACGGUCAGAUGGAGCGUGGCUACAACCGUGCUCUGGCUAUUGAUUUGUUUGAAACUGGCAGGAUCACGGAGCGGAUUAUUGAGGGCCAGCAAGCCAGUGACAAGGCCCAGGCCGAGACCAGCAUGCGGCUGGGCUACAUGGGUCAUCUAACUUUGAUCGCAGAAGAAGUCGUCAAAUUCACCGAGAGGCACCCUCCGGAGCUGCUUUCGCUGUCGGUUCUCGAGAAGGUCAUCAACCAGCAGUGGACCGACUAUGUCGAGCACACCCUGGCCGAGACGCGGGAGCGGGACAAUGCCAUUCUCGGAGGCGUUCGUCCAGACAUGGCCGUGGGGCCGCGUCAGGCCGUGCUCAACGCCGUCAACGCUGCUUCGGGCUUCGGCAACUCUUCUCUGGCCAGCGCCGGCCUGGGUGGAAACGGAUCUGUCGGUCUAGACAGCAUGGAGCUUACAGGCUCAGGAGGCGGAUACGGCCUCAGCGGCGGCAGCCUAUUGAGCGGCUUCAACAACUCAAGCGACGAAGAAGACGAGGACAUGGAGGAAGGCGAGGGCGAGCGGCAGACAACGCCGCAUGUGAGCGACUCGGACCAACCACUACAAUCCGAUGACGCCAACGACAAUACUGCUGCCGGCAGCCCUGACGCCGGCUCCAACCCUGUCCCCGCCCCCGCGCCUCUCCAAAUCCCCCCGUCCCGCGCCCGCCGCCAGUUCGCAGCUCGACUCGCCGAGCGCAAACGCCAGCAGGAGCAGGAACAGCAGCAGCAGCAGCAAGGAACAGUCGCUGCCGCCGCCGCCGCUUCUUCUUCUUCUGCUGCUGCCACUGCUGCUACUGCUGCUACCGGUACAGGCGCCGGUGGUGGCCGUGCUGGCGAUUGGACCGAACGCUACAACGACCCGGGCCGCUUCAGCAACUUGUUCGUCGGUGGUGGGGUCAGCGAUGAAGAGAGCACGGACGACGAUGACGAUGGCGAGGAGUUGAUCAUGAAGGACAGCUUUUCGAGGAGGAGCGUGGGCAGUGGUGGGGGCGGGAGCGCGAGCGGGAGCAGUGCGAAUGGGAGCGUGAGUGGGGAUGAGGGUGAUGAUGCUGCCACUGGUGUGGUGAGGACGGAGAAGAUUUAG